UUUUCUUUGUUAAGACAAAUAUAUUAGAUGGAUAUAGCUUGGGUGAAAAUGUGACGUAAUCAAAAAUUUCAGGGGGCUCAUUUGAAAAUAUUAGCAAUAACUUAUUUAAGUUUCCACGCAAUCUAUCAUCCAUUUCAUUAAGCAAAUCCGUCGUCUUCUUUCUUCUUCUUCUUCUUCCUCCGUACACUGUUAUUUCUCUCCGAUAUGGGUAAAGUCCUAUUCUUCAUCUUCGCCACCAUGCUUCUCGCCGGCAUAACCGCCAUCAUCAUCCACUCACAGCACCACCACGUACGCCACCACAAAGAUCCACCACGUGAUCUUGUAUCAAAUGUUACCCAAUUGCUCCGAUCCAACGGAUUCAACUUCAUUUCCACCCUCCUCCACAUCUCACCGGACCUUUUCCUCUCAUCACGGGAGUCCACCAUCUUUGCCAUUCCUGACUCCGCCAUGUCCAACCUCUCAAUACCUCCAUUCAUGACGAUACAACUCAUCACUUACCACAUUUCCCCUUCCAAACUCACCAUUAAAGAUCUGCUCGAUAAACCCCUCAAUACCUGCAUCACCACUACGUUUCAACAACAGAAGAUAUCCAUCACUAAAAAAGACGAAAAGAAUCGAGUUCUUGAAAUCAACAACGUGUUGAUUACUCAUCCUGAUAUGUUUCUCCAGGGACCAGUCGCGAUUCAUGGCGUCAGUGGUCCUUUUGCUUCUUUCAAAUUUCAUCAACAAAUCACACAGUUACCCAUUUGCAACGCGAAUCAGAGUGAUUUUUCACAUGGAAUUGUCGCUGCUAAAGUCAAUCUCACCAAGAACAAGGUUGAAUGGGGAAUAUUGGUCAAAUUCCUGAACUCAUCCGGGUUCGCCCCUUUCGCAAUUGGGUUGCACACUGUUCUUGAUGGGGUUUUCAAAGAGCAUCCAAAUUUGAAGUCACUGACAAUCUUUGCACCUCCGAUCAUCGAACCGAUGGAUAUGCCUGAACCUUUACUGCAGAAAUUCGUGAAAUCUCAUAUCGUUCCGAAGAAGCAUUCUUUCAAACACUUGGCAUCCAUGCGGCAAGGAGCAUCACUCAAGACAUUAUGUCCAGGAACAGAAAUUCAAAUCACUGAAACUGUCAAGAAUCCUUCUGAGGAGUUGCUUUCUAUCAAUAGAGUGGAGAUAACUUCACCGGAUUUGUUCUCGUCCAAGAGUUUCGUUGUGCAUGGAAUCGCACGAGCAUUCCCCAUGUAUGAGGUUUCUACUGUGUCCCAGUAAAUCAAUCCCCAAAUACCUUCUGUUCAUCUAUUGUCUGUGUUUCUGCUACUUCUUCAUGAUCGAAAUUAGGGUUUGUAUAGUUUCUUGAAUUUUUCUGCAUGUGUUCUUGGAAUCUUGAUUUCACUUUUUGGAGAUAACGAAAAGAUGUUGCGAUUUUUUUGUAAAGACAUGAGGUUAUUGACAUUUCUACAUCAAA